UAUCACGACUGUUAUUGUUAUGUGAUCAAAAUGUAUUUUUAGUGUACACAUUGUUUGUGGUUUAUUUGUUAUAAACAAAGCUAUACAUACAUAAUGCGUCUGGGUGGCGUGCUUAGAUGUCGCAGUGUCAUAAAGCAGCAGUAUGUGCCACAACACAAACCCGUGUUAAGCGAUGACAUCAAACGCUUAGAAGAAUUCCUGCUGUCAAAGCCAAACAUAUUGGUGCUGACGGGUGCUGGUAUAUCAACAGAGUCAGGCAUACCUGACUAUCGUUCUGAAGGCGUUGGUCUUUACGCGCGCACCAAUCACAAGCCCAUACAGCAUAUGGAGUUCUUAAAGUCGACCAACGUGCGUAAACGUUAUUGGGCGCGGAACUUUGUUGGAUGGCCAAGUUUCUCCAGCACACAGCCAAAUGCUUCGCAUCAUGCUUUAGCGCGCUUUGAGCGCGAACAGCGUGUACAAGCAGUGGUCACACAAAAUGUGGAUCGAUUGCAUACAAAGGCGGGCUCCAAGAAUGUUGUGGAGCUGCAUGGCAGCGGCUAUGUAGUGAAAUGCUUAUCCUGCGAAUAUCGCAUCGACCGUCAUGAGUUUCAGAGCAUACUCAGUAUGCUGAAUCCGGUGUUUAAGGAUGCGCCUAGUAUGAUACGACCCGACGGCGAUGUGGAAAUUCCCCAAGAUUAUAUAGACAAUUUUCAGAUACCUGAAUGCCCUGACUGUGGUGGCAAUCUAAAGCCAGAGAUUGUCUUCUUUGGCGAUUGUGUGCCGCGCCAGAGAUUGGACGACAUUGCAAAGAUGGUUUACUGUAGUGAUGGGCUGCUGGUUUUGGGCUCCAGCCUGUUGGUCUUCUCUGGGUAUCGUAUUGUGCUGCAGACAAAGGAUCUUAAGCUACCCGUGGCUAUAGUUAAUAUAGGUGAGACUCGUGCUGAUCAUUUAACAGACAUAAAAAUCUCCGCAAAAUGUGGCGAUGUGAUACCCAAACUCUUCGACUUUAAGUCCAAGUAAACAUAGAUUAUUUUUUUAUAAUUCAAUUGUUAAGGAUUGUGAAUAGUGAAAUAAAUUAAUCUUUGUCAUCCA